CGCGUUGUGUUGUGUGCUAGAGUAAUUUAGUUCCAACAACAGAAAACGUUAUUGUUUUGUUAAUUCCCAAUAAUAAUUGAUUGAAAAAUUAUUGUGCAUCAUAUCAGAUUUUUCGGAUAUGAAACCUAAAAUGGAAGAAGAACGAAGCAAGAAAAAGGCUCCAGCAGAGAGUGAAGCUAAUAAAGCAUCUGAAUUGGAAAAAUACUGGCAAGUCGUUCGAGACAACCCUUCUGAUUUUGCUGGGUGGACUUAUUUAUUACAUUACAUUGAGCAAGAGAACAAUAUAGAAGCUGCAAGGAAGGCAUUUCGCUCCUUUUUCAAGCAUUAUCCAUAUUGUUAUGGAUACUGGAAAAAAUUUGCUGACAUGGAAAAAAAUUUGAACAAUGCUGAAGCUGCAGAGGAAAUUUUUGAAGAAGGUAUUAAAGCUAUUCCUUUGAGUGUUGAUUUAUGGAUACAUUAUAUUAACUUUUACAAAGCUCAACAAAGUGAAAAAGAAAAUGCUUAUGAAAACAUAACACAAUUAUUUAAACGUGCUUUAGAUGCAGCAGGUCGGGAAUUUAGGUCUGAUCGUUUAUGGGAUUUGUUUGUAAAUUGGGAAGAAGAGAACAAAAACUUGAAGGAAGUGACAGCAGCAUAUGAUACCUUACUUACUAUACCAACCCAGUUAUAUAGCCAUCAUUUUGAAAAGUUUCGUAAGCAUGUGAAAAAGAACAAUCCGAGGGAAAUUUUAUCAACAGAUGAAUUCUUAGAAAUACGACAAAGUGUUGUGAAAGCUAUGAAAAAUGCUGAUUUAGAAGUAGAUGAAGAUGAUGAUGAAAAGCAAUCGGAAAAAGUAUCACCACCUGGAAUGGAAGUAGAUGAUGCCCCUCCUGGAUUAGAACCUGAUGGAGCUACUAUUGAAAAAGACAUGAUGAGCGCUGAAGAGAUAGAUUUGUUAAAGAAGAAAAUAGUUGAAAAACGUAAAGCAUUGCAUGAGAAAAAUGAAGUGGAAGUUGGGAAGAGAUGGUCUUUUGAAGAGGCGAUAAAACGUCCCUAUUUCCACGUAAAGCCUCUUGAAAGGGUACAGUUGAAAAAUUGGAAGGAUUACUUAGAUUUUGAAAUUGACAAUGGAACACACGAAACAACUGUGAUUCUUUUUGAAAGAUGUAUGAUUGCUUGUGCCUUAUAUGAAGAUUUGUGGUUAAAGUAUGCUAAGUACAUGGAGGAACGUGAACCUGAUGCUGCCAGAGGAGUGUAUGAGAGAGCAUGCAAAAUACACCUUCCUAGAAAACCAAGUAUUCACUUUUCUUGGGCUUGCUUUGAAGAGAAAAGAGGGAAUGUUGAAAAAGCUGCCGAAAUCUUAGAUGAUUUGGGUGAAACCAUUAAAGAUAUGCUUGAAAUAGUCUUGAGAAAAAUUAACUUGGAGAGGAGGCUUGGAAAUGAAGAAAAAGUAGAUGAAAUGUAUCUAAAAUGCAUUGCUGAAGCUAAAACAUCACAAAUGUCUUCUCAUUUUGCUACUAAGUAUGCUCGUUAUUUGUAUAAGGUUAAAAAUGAUUUUGAGAGAGCAACAAAAAUUCUAAAGGAUGCCUUGAAAAAUGAUCCAAGCAACGCCUACAUCUUAAUGCAGCUAAUAGAUGUUGCAUAUCAAAAACAACCUUUAGAUAUGGAUGCCAUUCUAGAAGCUUUUGAACUUGCAUUAUCCAGUGACAUGAAUAAUGAUCAGAAAUUAAAGUUUGCUCAAAGAAAGUUGGAGUUUCUGGAAGAUUUCUCAUCAGAUCCUCAAUGCAUACAAGAUGCUUAUGAUGAAUAUGCUAAAAUGUUUAAAUCCCAGUAUGCUUCUCGCAAAAGAGUAGCAGAAGAUAGCGAAGAAAAUAAAGACAAAAAAGCUAAAACUGAACUUAAUGGUACUGCUGUAGCUGUUACAGCAGCUGAUGCAACCACUGCUCUUACGGCUUCAACAGCUGUUGCUGCUACAGAUGCUGCUUCUUACCAAUAUCAUCAAUCUGCUUGGGCUAACUAUCAUAAUUCAUACAAUUAUCAGCAGUGGCCCUAUGCUGCAACAAAUUAUUAUUCAUCGCAAUGAAAUUUCGUCCUAUUUUUAAUUGUAACAAAGAUUGCUCAUCUGACUUCUCAUUCAACAAAUUUCAGGCAUCAUAAUGCAGUGUAAAUUUCAUGAAGUGAACUCUUGUCAGAAUUAUUUUGUUAGCAAUGUUUUAGUCAUUUCAGUUUUAUGUAAUAAAGAUAUA